CUUAGUUACAGAGGAGAAUAGAAUCACAUCUAGGUGCAGCUCACCAUUUUAAAACCCCAUCCAGAAUCUUCACCCAAUCACCCCCAAUCCUCUACCGCCACCGCCACACCACAUCAUCGCCGCCGUCGUACUUACCCCUGCUACCACCGCACCUCGUCUCCACCGUCGUACCUAGACCCUACUGCCGCCUACCUCUGCACCCUGCCACUGUCGCUGUAAUGGCCGUACCUCACAGCGGCCGUCAUAUGGGCCGUACCUCACCGCUGCCGCCGUACGUUUCUUCCCCCUACUGCUUCUGCAACAUGUAAACAAAUAGAAAACAGAGCUUCACCGCAUCUCCUCCACCCUGAGAAGACGAAUCCCUCAAAAUCCAAGCUAGAGUAUAAGCAUCUAUUGUGUCUCAGAGUAUCAGUUCAAAGGCUGAAAGAAGAUCGCUUUCCUCAGAUUGCAGUAAUAAAUGCUGAAGUCAGAUCUCUUAAAGACUGCUUUUAGAAGCCGCAGUUAUAAUCUAUUUCACUUCUGUCCACGGAGAGGGCUACACAGCAGAAACAAGAAAGCUGUAGAGUUUAUAUCAAAAGGAUGGACCGCUCUGAAGGAAGUUGACAGGGUUAUUGAUUAUUGUGAGCUCAAAGAUAAACGACUCAUUCCUCUACUAAGUGAAGCAAAGGAGAGCUUUGAAUUAGCUCUGGAGGUAGACAAUUCAAAUACACAAGCUAGAUAUUGGCUGUCAAAGUUGCAUUUCAAGUACCAUGUUCCCGGCGCUUGCAAAGCCAUUGGUGCUGCUUUGUUAGUUGAAGCUGCAGAGAUGGGUGAUCCAGAUGCUCAGUAUGAGUUAGGUCGCUGUUUGAGAGUUGAGAAUGAGGCUGUUCAAUCAGAUCAGCAAGCGUUUUACUAUUUAGAGAAGGCAGCUGAUCAGUUGCACUCAGGUGCACUAUACCUUUUAGGUGCAGUCUAUUUGACUGGAGAUUGUGUAAAAAAAGACAUUGAUUCUGCAAUUUGGUGUUUCCACAGAGCAUCGAAAAAGGGUCAUGCUGGAGCUGCUAUAGCAUAUGGCUCCCUUCUCUUGCAAGGGGCCAAAGUUCCAGAAUCAAUUGCCAAGUUUUAUACGAAGAGGCCUUGGAAGAGGGCAUCAAAAAGGCAAGGAGAGCCAGAGCUAAACCCGGUUGAACUGGCUAGAGAACAGUUUGGAUUGGCUGCAGAUGGAGGGUGUGACCUUGGUUUGAGAUGGUUGAAAAGGCUGGAGGAAGAAGAGAAACUUUUGCUGUCUAAGAGCUCAUAGCUGCCUUACUAGAAUACCUUCAUAAUACUCCCUAAUAUACUGAAUUACAUAUAAUAAAGAGAACAGUCACUCAAAUAUCCCAAACAUUGUAAAUGUGAGCUUAAUACCUCAAACUUGCAUGUAAGAUAUAAAUGUCAUGAUCUAUAUGGUUAAAGUAUUUUAGGCUUUUAGCACCAUAUUUGUGAAAUGUACGUUUACAGUAUUAGGUGCACGAUUUAAAUACUCUAAACAUUUAAAAGGGUGCACAUAGCAUCUUAAGUUUCCAUUUUUGAAAUAAAUAAUUUGAAUUCAUGGGGUAGAGAUCACCUAUAAUAUAAACUUUAAGAUGUGUAUUUUAUACAUACAUGCAAGUUUGAGACUCACCUAAUUUGAGUUCAUGGGGUAGAGAUGAUUUAAGUUGUGCUGUUUUUGCUUGCAUAUUUAUUCAAGUGUAGCUCCUCAAAUAUUGUGUUAAACAAUGUAAAUUCGGACUCGCUGUCAAGUGUCAACACUCUAAUACUCCCAACAUCGUAUAUCUUAUUUCCGUUUGGGUGAAAAAUAAUGACAAAUGAUGUGUUGUUAGAGCCA